UUGGUUCCCUGAUCAGCGAUUGUUGUUGUUUUGCCUGUCAGACUGGCCGACGCGCUACAAAAAGAAAACUUCUAUCCGUAUAAACAAAAAUUUUCCGAGUGCUUCUUAAUUACGUUUUUGCUCAGUGCCUUCUAAUAUCACCAAUCUUGUAAAAAUGAGUGACCAAUUCAAUAAACGAGUAAAAUAUAAUUCAUAUUCGUAUCGUUAUCGCGAUGCUACAGAGCGCCGAGCAGCUUUGCUAGAGCAGAAUGACGAAGAGCUAGUUUCAGGAGGAAGUUCAUACGUUAUUGGAAGCAACCAAGGCGCAGGCGAUGCACCUAUGGAUUAUCAUUCAGAAGGAUCUUCCAAUGUGAUGGCAGAAGAAGCCGGUGAAACGACAAGCGAACCUGAAUGUGAUGAGUUUGUUACGGACUAUUUAGUUGAAAGCUCUGACGAUGAAAGAAUGGAUACAGAACGCACAGAAGGGUAUGAUGUAGAAGCCGAAUUACGUCGAUGGGCAAUAUCCACCAAUCAAUCGUAUAAUUCUAUAAGUCAAGUUAUGGAAAUCAUCUUCCAAAAGAUGCUAGAACUUUGCUGAAGACUCAUCGAAAUGACUCAAAUGAAGUUGUAACGAUAAACGGAAGUCAGUAUUGGUAUAACGGGAUAAAACGAUGUCUGCUCAACGAACUAAGGUGCGUAGCUAAUAAAAGUUGUUAAAAUAAAAUAAAAUAAAAUAAUAAAAGCUAAUAAAAGUUGUAAGUUGUUGUUAAUAUUGGGGAUAUACGAUGUAAAUUGGUAGCUGUUCCCCUUUCCAAAGAAAAUGAGUAUCAAUAUGUUCCAUUAAUUCAUACCCUCGUAGGCUAAUAUUUGCAUUUCUUAGAUAAUAAAUAAUUAAUAUGAUUUUCUUUC